AUGACCAUCACCAUUAUCACUUACAACUCCCACAUUACCUCGAGCUCAAUCACCACCACAACUACCAGCAUUAUCACCUCCACCUCCAACAUAACCACCACUUAUAUCAUCACCACCACCUCCAUCACCAUCAAAUCCACCUCAAUUACCAUCACCACCACGUCCACCUCCACCAUUAUCUCCACCUCCAUCACCACCACCUCCACCUCAAUCACCAUCACAAUCAUCACCUACACCACCAUUACCAUCAUCACCUCAAUAACCAUCACCAUCAUCACCUCCGCAUCCAUCAUCUCCACCUCAACCUCAAUCACCAUCCCCAUCACAACCACCAUCAUCAUUACCUCAACCUUCACCAUCACCUCUAUCUCCAUCACUAUCACCAUCAUUAAAACCUCAACCUCCACCAUCAUCCCCACAUCCAUCAUCAUGACCUCCACCUUCAUCACCUAA